GGUCUGAAUACUUUCCGUACCCACUGUACAACAUUAUGCCAUACUUGGAAUUUGGACAAAGAUGGCUAACAUCAUCAAAUAUGGUGGGUUAACCGACAACUUAUAAAGUUUACUAUGAAGUGUUUUUAAUCCACUGAACUUUGUUUACAUUUUCAGUCCCCGUCACUAUGGAUCCAAACACAGCCCAGUCCAACCUAAAGUUCUCUGAAGAGUUGACCUGUGUGCAAUACAGCACUAAAAAGCUCCUACCUGACAAUCCUGAAUGCUGCACCAAGCAGUUAUGUGUGCUGGGAGACACUAGCUUCACAUCUGGAAAGCACAGCUGGACUUUAGACGAUGUCCAGGUCAAAGACUGGUAUAUCGGAAUAGUCCAAGAGUCCAUCAGAAGGAAGAGUGCCGUCUUCCUCAACCCCACGGAGGGGUUCUGGGUGAUCGGCCUGUGCAACGGAAACUCGUUCUGGGCUCAGACCUCACCUCCCACCAAGCUUGCGUUGAAGCACAAGCCUGGGAGGAUUACUGUGGAGCUAGACUAUGACAAAGGAAAGGUAGUGUUCAUCAGUGCUGCAGAUUUGACAAUACACACAUUCAAAGACAGAUUCACAGAGAGGAUUUUCCCCCACUUCUCCCCAGCACUGUACAAUGAGGAGAAAAACUCCAGCCCACUGACAAUAUGUCCUCUGAUCAUAACAGUGGCUGUAGUAUACUCACAUACUUAGACACAUG